AUGGCGGCUGCUGCACGUUGUGUUCGAACAUUUGCGAGAGCUUCGGUUCAGAUGUCGGUGAGUUGGCUUGAUCAAUGAUGUUAGCAUUUCUAAUACAAAUUCCCUAACGCUAAGAUGUUUUUUACAGAAAGCUGCUUUGUCUACGAACAGUAUACCAAAAGGUAUGUUGCUUAUUGUUGGUGUGCUGUUUACGUUGUGGACCGUUGUGGAGCUAACAAUUUGAAGCAAAUUAUUACAUAAUCUAAAGUUAUUUCUUUCACUUUUUAGCGAGAAGUAUAUCCUCUGCUGUUGGAAGUUCUAUUCUUAGAGACUGUGGAUUGUAAGUAUGCUUCCAUUGCAGUUCCUUUGUAUCUUGGAUCGCCUCUCUCAUUUUCUGUAUAGAUCAAAAUAUCAGCUGGGGCUACUUUUUCCAUAGAGGGAGUGGAAUCGUAUGAUAAUUGUCUAUCAUGUUGUAAAAAAAGGGAAAUUAUCAACAAGUUCUAAUGAUAUAUUUGUAUUUUAUGUCAGUAGUAUAAUAAACUGGUGGUUUCAUGAGGUGUAUAUCUGUCUGAUUUCGUUAAAACGUGGCCACUAGGUUUUCGCCUGGCACCAGGCACAGCCUGGCUCCAGGCCAGCCCGGUGUCCAAAAAUGUAGGGGGCGUGCCAUCUUGGUGGGUACAGCUGGAUAGCCCAGGGACUGCCUUAACAGUGGGUGGGUGGCUCAGGCCUGGGGGGGAAAAACUAGUGGGGUAGGGAGGGGGCUAGUUUGACACAACCCCUUCAGUAAGCAGCAGUGUUCACUAGAGGCUCUGACUGGUAAGUACCUUGUUCUUACUUUGCCCUAGCUAGCUGAAUCAGGCCUCUGCUGAGAAUGAUUAUCAUGAUAAUAACAGAGCUCAGUGGGAGGUCAUUCCCACUUUAAAUUCAGUGUCCAUCCCUGUAUAUUAAUCAAACUUUGUUGCUUACUUCGUUUUUCAAAAUAUCAAUCUCUAUCUCUUGCUGCCCUUGAAGUGAAGUGUGCAUGAUACUUGCAUUCCCUCACCAUCCAUUUGCUUAUUUGCUUAUUUCUGGUUAUUAGCUUGGAGCUCCUGAUAACUCGCCCUCCCGAUAACUCGAACAUUUGGAUUUCCCUUGGUUCAGGUUAUCGGGAGUCUACUGUAAUUUUUAUGGAUUUGGCUAGGGGUCACCUUCUUAGUGGUCCUUUAAGAAACCCUGAGGAUUUGUUUGUUUGUUUUUCUUUGUUACAGACUCAACACAAUAGCCAGAGAUAAUCUGUGUAAAAAUCUAGCCAGAAGACACACCAGACUGUCAGCAGCUGUCAGUAAGUUUAUACAUUUUUUACAUGUGUGAGUUCAUCAUAUGACAUUUCAAAGAGACAUACUGGAAGUUCUUGACAGCCCUGCCAACAUCUACAUCUUCCUCAUAUUCGAAACAUUUGCCAUCUGCAAAAAAUGAGCUGAAAUCCUUCUUCAGCAAUAAAAGUCAGAGAAGUUUGUUUUUGAAGCAGGUUUACCCUUAAGCAUUGAUGAUAACAAGGUACUUCAUUGUUGUGAAAGCAUUUUGAUAGUCUCUCUUUGUGAUGGGCCUGCAAACUAGUUUUACUCUGAUCGGAUUUUCUUUAUCAAGAUUAUUGGCAUUUUAGUGUAUGACAAUUGUAAUAUAUUAAUAAGCAACCUUUUAGAAAAGGUGUACGUCGAAUAAUUUUCUGGCAAAGCUUAAAGGCAUUUUUAUUUUUUGUUCACAUGACUCAUCACUGAAUAAUGUGCCUUUAAUGUUGCAUGACAGAGUUUAUUUGCUCUUGAUCUCAAAGUCCAGUCAACUGCUUUCAGAGCCCCGUUCCUUAUUCUGUAAAGUAUUAUUUUAUGGCGGAACAUUAUGGCUUGAGCAAGCUUUCUAAUACUAUUGAGAAUCGUUAGAAGUGAAGGGGACCCGCAAAUGGUAAUUGAAAGUGCAAAAGAAAGAGGUGCUGUCCCCCACCUCAAUCAUCCACAGAUAGUUUGUGGGAUCUUCAACUUAUGUGGUUUCCAAAUGGAGAGCUUGUUUUCUGGCCACGGGACAUUGGGGCUGCAAACAGCUUGCUGUUCACCUUACCAGAGGAACUAGAGUCUUGUCCUCUUUUAUUAAACUUCAUUACUUCAAAAUCUGAGACGUGAAUGUGAUGCCCUGAGAUUCUUUCAACUUUAUCCCCUGAUGCCAAUAAUAUAUAAUUUCAAACACUGUCAUUAACGUGCUGUUUGCAUAGACAAAUUACAUGAUGUAAUAUAUUCUGGACAUUAUAUAUGGAGAGUGAGGUCAUUUCAGGGAAAUCUCAGACCGAGGCCUUGAUAUAUGUCAGUACAUCAAGGCCAAGGUCUGAGAUUUCCCUGUAAUGACCAAAAUGGACAAGGUUAAUAAGUUAUUUAUUAUAUGGCCUUUUCAUUAUUGACCCGGAGCCUGCGAUCAAUUAAAACCAAUUACUGGUCAGUGGAUAACUUUAAAAAAAAACACAUCACCUCAGUGAGGUGCACACUUGAGCCCACAAUAGCGUCAGGUGACACUGGUCAGCAGAUACCCUUUUUGACAGCUGUCAAUUGACCAUAACAUGGAUGUCCAUAACAAUGUCCACUAUCAAGUUAAACACAGAUUGUAUAUGUCUUGGACACCUAGCUAGUAAUGCCAGGUCAUUACAAGAAAAUAAUGCCCGUUUAUUAAAAGAAAACAGCCAAUCAGAGCGUGCGUACUAUUGUAGCUAACACAUCCUCAAGACAACUAUUGGAAUUCAUAUUCAUCUACUUCCACGGCUAUUAGAGGAAGUCAUAAAUGAUUGUGUGCUAAUUGCAGUUAUUUUUAACUCAAAUUUAGAUCAAAUCUGGUUUACUUCUGUGGCUGAUAUAAUGUGUGAAGAGGAUGAGGGAAAUGGGGAUGAUGAAAUUGCAACAGAAGUUGUAUCAGAUGAGGAUGAAAUAUUGAGAGUUUGUCAUACCCUGAAGGCCAUGUGACGAAUGUAAUCUAACAGAUUUGCAGGCAGUCGGGGGAUUUAAAACUGUAAAUGCAUGAAAAUGGCCUUGUCAUCACUCUGCAAUAACAGUGUUCUUUCGAAGAUUGAAGUUCCAGUUAGUCACAUGAAAUUAAAGUACACGUAAUGAAAUGAACCAAUCACAACUUGUAGCAAAGUGAAACUAACCAGUGAAGACUGUUGGAACAUGCAUUAAACUAAAGUUUGAGUUGACUUGCAUCAUGAGGUUACUGAGCAGUACUUUUUAGACCUGUAGCACUGUUACUGUUAAAGGGGAUUGCAAGUUUUGAGUCUCAGCUAGAUGCAAACGAAAGCUGCCAAACAAUGCUUUCCUUUAGUACUUUGUAUGGUACUCUACAAAGUUUUGAUUUUGUGUUCUCUUGGAAGCAAAAUUUGUCCUUUUUAGUACCCUCCAAAAUAACUGGCAAAGAGGUUUCAUUUCAGUUGUCAUUUCAGUUUAUCCAAGGCUAUUAGUAAAGUCCAUAAUAAAUUUCUCUCAAUUUUGUUGCGAUUUGUGAUUGGUUCAGUUACUAUUACGUAUCACUAUUACUGUGGCUUACCUGAGAACACUACUUUGGUAACAGACAGUUUUUCUUUUUUUACGUUUGGAAGCAAAGUUUAAGGCAUUAUUUUUUUAAUUCCCAUAGGUUUCGUGGUGCUUAAUCCACCUCCCCUGGUAGAAAACUGCGAGACAGAUGAUGACAGUUUGGAGGCGGUUUGUGGAGAUGAUGACGAGACAUUUUCGUGCUGUAAAGAUACAAUACCGGGGCUCUGA